AUGAAGAUUUUAACUUCAUUGUUGUUGAUUUGUUUACUGGCAGAUUCAAUAAUUUCUAUUCCUUUUGCAAGCGAUGAAUAUUUUGAAGAAGUAAUUGGAAGUAGUGAAGAAAUUAGAGUAACUUCAACUUUGGCAACCACAUCAACAACAACUGAAAUUUCUACAACAACAUCGACAACUGUCGCACCAUUGCCGCUAAUAAGCCCUGAAGUAGAAGAAUUGAUCGAAAGUGUGUCAACUCGAUUCAACGAGCUUAAAAGCAAAUUCUUGGAACAUCAGAAAAAUAUUUAUGAAAAAGUUGAAAUGGAUCUUGAUAACCAUAAAGCUUUACGUGAUUCAUCUAUUAAAAUCUUUAAAGAUGCUUAUGAUCAUGAAAUCACAGAUUUAGAUAAUAACUUGAAGACAAUUGAAACAAAAAAGUCGACAGUUCAGAAAUUCAUAGAAAAAUUUCUUGACAAUUCUUGGGAAAAGGAAAAGGAUGAAAAAAGAGUUGAGAAAUUAAAGGAACGCAACAAAUUAUUAUUGAGCAUGAAGACUGGUAAUUGCGAUGAUUGUGAUGGAUUUCUUGAUGAUGAUCAAAUCGACCUUCUACUUGAAAAAAAUGAUAAGCAAAUAGCUGAACUUAAAGAAAAAAUUAAAAAACAGGAAAAUGAAAGUGAGAUAAGAAGAACUAGAUUAAAUGCUGAUGAGACUCGUCAACUUAAUGCAAAGUAUUUAGAUUUAAUUCAUAUUUUUCAAAAAGAAGUUGAGGAACGUAAGAAAAAGGACAAAUUAGAACUUAUUAGCACCGUAAUAAACGAUAAAUGGAAAAAUUAUGCCGAGAAAAUUGGUGAUCUUCAUGCAAAAGUAACAGGAAAGUUGGACACUUUGACAAAAAAUACACUGAAACUCAGUAAAUUGACAUCGAAUGAAAGUUUUUAUACAAGUGAUGAUGAUUGGGAAGAAUUUGAAAUCAGUUCAAAUGCUUUCAAAUGGAUUGCCUUUUCUAAAUCAAAUAACAUACCAACUGAUGCAGUUUCUGCUGGAGAAGAUACUGAUGGAUCAAACCUUUACAUUAUUCGCUCAAAGAAAGAUGAUUCAUAUUUGUAUGGAAAACUUGCAUCAAGUUCAAGUAGAAAGGAUGCCUAUGUUACCAAUAAUGAUGUAGAAAUAACACCAAGUAGCUUUGAACUCUUAACAUUUAAGAAUUAUACUUGGUGUGAUACAAAAACUUAUAAAAUCCGAGAGAAUACGCCAUCAGUUUGUACAACAACUCACUAUUAUGAACCUUCGUGGAGUUUCGCCAGAAAAGAAAUAAAACUACCAGGAACUCUACUUAAAGAUGGAAAAUGCAGAAUAGGUUUUGGCUGGAAAGUUCAUACAUACUCUGAAAAUGUCAAAGUUCUCGGUCUUGGCUCAUGUAAAAUUGCUGAUGCAAGCACAGGUGAUUUGAAAUUCUGGUUUUAA